AUGGAUCCUCUGGUGUAUAAUGCUGCCGUUUCUGGUGAUAUUGGUAUCCUUGAGCAAAACAAGGACAAACUUGUGAUUGAAGUCACUCCAACCAAAAAUAGUGUUCUCCAUCUUGCAUGCCAAUCAGGGAAAACAGAAUGUGUGCGGCAGAUUCUUUCAAUGCAUAAAUCUCUAUUACGUAAAAAGAAUUCAAAUAAGGAUUCUGCGUUUCACAUGGCAGCCAAAAAUGGAUCCUACGACGUAGCCAUGGCCCUCAUGGAAUGUGCACUAGGCAUGGAAUGUGCAGUUGUUAAAUUUGUGAAGAAGAUGCUGCGAAGGAAGAAUCUGAAUAAGCUUGAAGCCCCUGAGUUUUUACAUGCUAAUAAUGUAGGGGAGACCCCGCUUUAUAUUGCUGCCGAGAUGGGAUAUGAAAAUUUGGUGGCAAUGAUUUUGAAAAGAUGCUCCUCACCACCUUAUAGUGGAUCAUAUGGGAGAACAGCUUUACAUGGAGCAAUUAUCUCCAACAGCGAAGUCAAAGAAACGGAUGAAAAUGGAUGGAGUCCACUUCAUUAUGCUACAUUCCUUGGUUUCCACGAAAGGGUACUCCAGCUAUUGGAUGUGGAUAAGUCUCUUGCAUACGUUGCAGACAUAGACCGUAAUACAUGUCUUCAUGUAGCAGCUUACCGAGGAUUUAUUUGUGUAGCCGAUGUACUUAUAGUACAAUGCCCGGGUUGUUGGGAAAUUGCCAAUAGUAGAGGAGAAAAUAUACUUCACGUUGCUGUGAAGAAUCAACAAGCUUCCUUUGUUUCAUAUAUCCUACGAGAACAUACAUCAAUUAGCAACAUUCUUAUAACUGAGAAAGAUGUUGAUGGCAACACACCUCUCCAUCUGAUGGCUAAUUCCAAUUGCUUGGUACCUGAACUCAGUACUAUGGUGGAUAAGAAUGCCUUAAACAGUGAAAGCUCGACUCCCUGGGGCAUAGUGAACGACGGUGAUUCAUCUCAAAUAGGUUUGGUCAAAGGGGAACAGCUAGGAGUUGGUGCUCAUUUAAGCUUGCCGAAAGCAAUCAGAAUCUUUAGAGACAAAAGCAAAAUCAAAAAGAAAGUAACUAGUAGUGGUGAGGACAAAAUAGAAAAGAUGAGAAGAGCAUCCGACUCGGUUAUGAUAGUGGCUACUCUUGUAGCAACAGUAACAUUCGCUGCUGGAUUCACCAUACCUGGUGGAUACUAUCAAAGCAUUGAUAAAUACCCAGGAAUGGCAGUUCUAUCCAAAAAAUCAGCUUUCCAAGCAUUUAUGAUAUCAGAUACUUUAGCCCUGCUAUCGUCUGUCAUUGCUAUAUUUGUCAACUUUUGGGGAAUACUAGAUGGAAGAGAACACACACUUAAGAGGUCAAUCUUGAUGGCCAUUUUUUACACUGCGAGUGCCAUUGCAUGGAUGAUGGUCGCAUUUAGUACAGGGACUUAUGUGAUAUUGUCUCCAUCACGAACCCUUGCGAUCGCGGCAUGUUUUCUUGGUAUCUUGGCGGCAUUUUGUAAAACUCAAUCAUUUUUCAUCUUCCAAAUGCUUAAAGUGGGUUUUGAUCGCUCUUUGGGAUUGUCUGAAAACCUUAAAAAACUAAUAAAUUCUACCUUUCUGAACGAUGAAGACUGA